GAGUAAUACGAAGUCUUUGGUGAAGGGUCUCUCUUUGUCCCGAUGUGCCGUGUAAAGCGAGCGUAGCUCUAGACGCACGAUGACGGUACAGCAACAGCCGAACAGUCAUGGCGGGGACGCGUUGCAACCACCGCAGGGUCAACCGCAUCGUUAUCAUCUGCAUCAUGAUCCGGCGUACAACAUCACCACUGCCGAGGCGGAUCUCGAUUACACCAGUGACAACAGUGUAGCGGUACUGCAGCAGCAGCAGCAGCAGCAGCAACACCAUCCAUCAGCGGGUCAUCAUCAUCUCGCUCACCAUCAUCAACAGCAGCAGCAGCUUCAUCAUCACCACUACAUGCCAUCGAGCUCCAGUUCCUGUGAUAAUACCAAACAACCGACCCGUCUCGGCGGUAACUCCAGUGCCGGUGGUUCCUGCGACGAGAAUACUUCAAACGUGUUGGACGUAAAUAUGGACUCCAAGAAGAUUUCACUUGCUCACAAUGGCUCAAGACUGAACUCACCGGUUCGCUUCGGUGACGAGCGGAAGUAUGGGAACAAUCACAACCAUCAUGCGCACCAUCAUCAUCACCAUCAUCACCAUGGGCACGGUGGCCAUCACAGUCAUCACAUCGAGGUGUACAGCGACGGUACGGCCGGUAUGGACAUCAGCAAGCUGGAGGAGGAAAUAUCUGAAGACGACCGGGGGCCACCGUUACCGCCACGACCCGCACCGAGAACCCGCACCGCACAACGCAUGGAAACGGCUUCCUCAACAUCCGGCGUACGGAAGUACGUCAUCUGGUGUCUGAUAUGUGGCGGCAUCUCCAGUCUGCUCGGCAUACUCUUUCUGGGCAUUUACUUCCUGCUUCGUUCGUACACCAGCACCGUGGGUUACUUCGAAACUGUGCCAACGUUCGUGCCUGCUACCCUGCUCAUGCUGACGGGUAUCUGUAUAAUGAGUCUUGCGAGGCGACGUAACCGGUACAGCUACUUGAUCAAAUUGUCCGGGGCGUGUGGACUUGCGUCGGCACUUACCUGCGCCUUGGUCACAGUGACAACGACCGUCCUGCACAUGAGUCGUCUGCAGGUGCUGCGCGAGUGCGAGUACACACAGAAAACACGUACCUGUACCUGCUAUUCCGUGACCGCUGACAAGCAGACGGAAACCGGCGUGGACGACAGUGUGCGGUUCGUGUUCGAUUCUACGUCGGACUGUGGUGUCGUGCACGGUGCACUGUACUCGUGUCUGCGUGCCGUGUUCGGUCUCUCCGUGGCUGGGGUGCUAGUGGCCGUGUUCAGCUGUAUGCUCGUGUACCAGCUGUUGAGCCACGAGCGGAAAAAGAUGUACUGGGAGCAGCUGGAGCUGCGGUGCCGUUCGCUUUAUUCUGGCCAGCAGGGUCCGUCAGCGGUGUUGCCUGCUGGGCCGGGAAUGCUGGGCAGUGGGACCAGCGCAGGGAUAGGCAGUGCCGGACGUGCAGGCAAUUGUCGGUGCUGCGAGCAGUGCCAUGCGCAUCGGAACGUGCUACCCUCAGCAUACCCGUGGGAAGGUGACAAUCGUUUCUGGACGCCGGGACAGGCCGGUAACUUCUACUCACCCAAUCCGGGUGGUGAGGAACCGGGCACGGGUGGUCGCUUGAACGCGAGUGGAAGACGCAUGCCGGGAUGGAGCUGGCCACGAAUGCCCUGGCAGCGGAGUGAUGCAUCUCAGCGGUUGUCGCCGCACAGUCCCGACUCGCAGUACGGGUUCUCGAAUCGGGCUGGCGUGUCAACGAUGGUACCGGGUGCUGGUACGCUUCUGGGCGAUCCCGCACAGCCGCGCUACAAUGUGAUCGACCAGCAGUACGGUAUCUGGGGACCACCGCCACCGUACAGUGAUCCAAACAGUCCGGCCCGGCGUGGACGUUAUCAGUACAUACAUCCGGCACAGUGCGGCCCACCGUUGAUCGAUCCGAGCGGUAUGUCAGCCCCCGGUUCGUCCAUGGUUGGUCCGUCGAAUGCGGGAGGAGCCGGUAUUGCUAUUUUGGAGUGCCAUCAACACUCGGUGAUGGGUGUGGACGUGCACGGCAUACCACAGCAGUACGUCAGCGGCCAAACGACAAUGGCGAACGGUUCCGGACAGCAGGCUCUACCUUCCAACUAUGGUCGCGGUGGCAUGGGCAACGGUAUCGUUGGCGGAGGAUCGUCCGGUGGUUCCAACGUUGGUGGCAAUGGCUCCAAUCUUGGCAGUAAAACUAGACAACAAACUGGAGGCUACAAGCAACCUCAAACGAAAGAAAACUACGAGAACACACCGUCGGACAGUGAUGGUCCCGGGCGGGAUAGAUUUUCCAACACGCUACCCUUGCGCAAAGCAAAGAAACGCGUGGAAGCGGGUGCAAAAAGCAUUGGACCAGCAAACAACAGCCAACCGACGAGCGGCAGGGUGAAUGUACAAAAUGUGUUCGGCUCCAAUCAGGGUGCACCCGGUUCGCACGAAACAUCCGAGAACGAGUACAACGAGCCGAUCCUACCGGCCCCCAAUGCCGGAUCGGAUGAGUGUUCUGGGCGGGUAGGAUCACCGCACGGUUUGCAAGGCAUGCCACACCCGCCGAGAAACCGGCGACAGAAGCUACCCAACGCGGUCGGCAUUGAAAACAGUGGCUUCCAGACGGUGGAGGCACUCGAGGCGGAGGCAGCAGCAGCGGUAACGGGUAAGUUGCUGGAACCGACCGAGUCCGAGGUGUACUUUGCAGACGUGAGCAGCUGCUGCAAUAUGUCCGUGAAGAAUGACAACUACUACGAGGAUGCCAACCAAAGACGGAAGAAGGAGAAACAGCUGCAACAGGACCCAGCGGACGAGUACAUUGCACAACGGUUUGGCAAGCGUGAAACAUCGAUCCGUAGCCGGCAGCCGUUCCCGCAGACGGUACUCGGGCUGGGAGACAAACCGCAGGUAAUGCCCCGAUCCUCACUGCUGCCAAAGGAUCUCUCCCGCCAGAGCAUGUGUUCGAUGGAUUCGGGCGAACGGACGGACUAUACCGAUCUGUCACCGGCCACUCCCAGUACAAACUUCCCGUCGAUCGGUGCGCCCGCUAUCGGUAGCGGGAAGCAUCAACAGUCACAGCAAACCUCACCGAACGAUGCCAACCACAUCCGGCCGGAACACGAUGGGCCGACGGGCAGUUGCAACUUUAUCGCCUCGUACCCGUACUCCUCAAACGAACAGAGCCAGGAGGCACACCGGCGCUCGACCAAAAAUCUGCACGACAUCUUCCUGGCACCCGACUCGCAGUACGAGGUAAUGAAGGAAUUGCAUAGAUUUAAGUCGACACCACUAACGCUAACACCCUUCGAACCACCUGACGGUGGCCGAUCAUCAUCGUCAUGUCAGGACAUGCCGGGCCCGUUUCCUCCAUCGGUGGCAGCGGCGACGGUGACAUCCACGGGUAGCGAUCGGACCGAUCGUACGGCGGUGGGACAAUCGACAAAGCCAAAGUCACCGAAGAAUCUCAACAUCACGCCAAUCAAGCGCCAAAGCCUUGGCACGAACAUCAGCUCGAUCAUCCAGAACUUGAGCGGCAGUGACGUUGGGCUGCUGUAUCCAGAGGGUCGCCAUCAUGGUCCACCGUUCCACCAAAGUGUGCUCGGAGUGGAGGUUUCGUCGUCUGCGCCGACGAGCGGAGAUACAUCGGGCGCCUCGGUUGGCAACCGUCGACCCGUCCCAGACGUGAACGACAGUGUCAGCAGCAAUGAGGACAACGAGGACCAUCCGAUCGAUGGCGAACGGAGACGGAGUGCUGGUGAUCGCCGUUUGUGAGACGAAGUGUAUGUGUGAGGUACCCUCACAGACUAGUAUCAUGAAGACCCUCGGGUACGAUGCAUCCUUUUUGUGUUGCAUGCACAUUUUCCCCUUCACGUACGUAGAUGCACGGUUCCUAGGGCCCUGGUAGGAAUGAACGUCGUUAAGGGUAAUGAUCUUAAAAUCGCGAUCAUCAUCGAUAUUCGUAUGUGUCAGCGGUUACUGUAAGCUCUGUAGGUCGUGAGUAGGACGAGUGCUCGCUAUAGGAUAUUCCAUAAUUCAUGGCGUAUCGUUCCAACCAGAGAUACUCCGCACGCUAAUAUGUAGAGACCAAACUGUACGGAAUUGAUGAGAAGACUAUUCUACACAUCAUCAUUCGCGAAAUCGUUAACGCAUAGCUAAAUGGUUUGAAUUCUAAUUUACGCCACAUAACUAGAGAUAGUGAGAAAGAUGCUCUCCUGCAAAAGGGUAAUGCAAGUUGAUAACCUAUCCAUCCGGAACUUUCGCGUCCAUACCUAUGCAACAGUUUCGUCUACCCAUUUAUGUUAUAUGUCAUUCUGGUGAUGUGUCCGGGCAGAAGUAGUUGAAAAGCGAAUUUAACCUCAAACUAAGAAAUGCAAGUCGAUACAAGAAUCUGAGUCGGUUCGCCUACAUGAUCUCCUCUAUUUUGCGUAGCUUUAAAUAAUACAUUCACCACUCGUGUAAGCGUUCUAGUAGGAUGUUUCGUUUCAGCAUCCGAAUAAAUAGCAGGCCAGGGUACCGAGCGGGUUGGACACGUGCUUAUGGCCGAAGUUGUCCAGCAUUACUUCCACACAGUUCAGUUGCCACUGUCAAAAGGGUGACAAUUAAUUAGCAUUGAGUGUAAAUAUACUAUCCCCAACACUUAGUAGACAAGGCAACGUUACGCGCAAACAAAUAUAGCACAAAUGAUUGGGUGAACUUGGCGUGGUUUUAGCAUCGCUGUUAAUUAGGUAAAGCUUUACGCAAAUCAUUGUUGUACGGUUUCUUUUUUUCACCCAGAGUUGUCGACGCUAGUUUCGAUUUUAAUUUGUAAAUUAAAGUACUCCUUUAUUCGUAAAAAAAACCCGUUCCAUCCUGUAGGAUUAAAUGCAUCCGUUAGUUGAAAUGUAGUGAAAAUAUUCUAAUCGAUGCAUGCAAAAAAUCGAUCAAUGUAAAGGGUGAAAACCUGUGGAAAAAAAUACGGAAAUACUUCGCUCAAAUAAUAGUAAAACUCAAAGUGGUGUUACAAACAUCCAUUGCCAUGUACAACGGAC